GCGAGCAUCCAUCAGUUUUGUAGCGAGCGCCAGGGAAAGAAGAAGAGCUUCCUUAGUUCUUGAAAGGAACGAAUUAAACAAACAGAAUGAGGGAAAUUGUGCAUAUACAGGCUGGCCAGUGCGGAAACCAAAUUGGUGCCAAGUUCUGGGAGGUGACCGCUGAUGAGCACGGUAUCGACCCCACGGGCACAUACCAUGGGGACUCCGACCUCCAGCUCGAGAGAAUCAACGUGUAUUUCAAUGAGGCGACAGGCGGUAAGUACGUCCCCCGGGCGGUUCUUCUCGAUCUUGAGCCCGGCACCAUGGACUCCGUGCGCUCGGGACCCUUCGGCCAGCUCUUCCGACCGGACAACUUCGUGUUCGGACAAAGCGGCGCCGGCAACAACUGGGCCAAAGGUCACUACACAGAGGGCGCUGAGCUGGUCGACUCAGUGCUCGAUGUGGUACGGAAAGAGUCGGAAAACUGCGACUGCCUCCAAGGAUUCCAGCUUACACACUCCCUAGGUGGCGGCACCGGGUCCGGUAUGGGAACGCUCCUUAUCAGCAAGAUCCGUGAGGAGUACCCCGACAGAAUCAUGAACACAUUCUCUGUCGUGCCGUCACCUAAGGUAUCCGACACAGUCGUUGAGCCCUACAAUGCGACCUUGUCCGUCCACCAGCUGGUCGAGAAUACAGACGAGACCUACUGUAUCGACAACGAGGCUCUCUACGACAUCUGCUUCAGGACUCUUAAGUUGACCACCCCGACCUACGGUGACCUCAACCAUCUCGUCUCCGCCACCAUGUCCGGAAUAACAACGUCUCUCCGAUUUCCCGGUCAACUGAACGCCGAUCUGCGUAAAUUGGCCGUCAACAUGGUGCCCUUCCCCCGUCUCCAUUUCUUCAUGCCCGGGUUUGCUCCUCUCACAUCCCGCGGCAGCCAACAGUACAGGGCGCUCACCGUCCCCGAGCUAACCCAGCAGAUGUUUGAUGCUAAGAACAUGAUGGCCGCAUGCGACCCGCGUCACGGUAGGUACCUGACCGUCGCCGCCAUGUUCCGUGGACGCAUGUCCAUGAAGGAAGUUGAUGAGCAGAUGUUGAACGUGCAGAACAAAAACACCAGCUACUUUGUGGAGUGGAUUCCUAACAACGUAAAGACCGCUGUCUGCGACAUCCCGCCCCGUGGCCUGAAGAUGUCCGCCACCUUCGUUGGCAACAGUACCGCCAUCCAGGAACUGUUCAAGCGCAUCUCAGAGCAGUUCACCGCUAUGUUCCGGCGUAAAGCUUUCCUCCAUUGGUACACUGGCGAGGGCAUGGACGAGAUGGAGUUCACCGAGGCCGAGUCGAACAUGAACGACCUGGUUUCCGAAUACCAGCAAUACCAGGACGCCACCGCCGAAGAAGAAGGCGAAUUUGACGAGGAUGAAGAAGAAGGAGAAGAAGCAAUGUAAAUCCAACAUCGACAGUGUUCGGUGCUAAUCGAAUUCCGGAAGACUAACCGACGUCCGAAAGAUCCACUAUCCGGGCUACCAAGUUUCCGGAAAUAUUCUGCAUUUUCCGAUCAUCAUCGUUCGAUUAUAAGAACAUGUAAAAUACAAGCAUAUUAUUUCUUUUAAUUAAAGCAACUUUGUCUAAAGUAAUAAUCUUUCAUCUAUAGAUGUUGUAUGCUUUGUAUUUAGCUUAUUUUGCCUUUUAAGCUAACUGUGCAAUACGUUUGCUUUGAAUGUGUUCAGAAAUAUUAAACACAGUUAAAUAUCAUGUGAGUAGGCAAAUCUGGAUCAAAUGUACCUCAUAAGUUCUGCUUCUUAAAGGGUCUCUCUUAAAGAAUGCAGCGCAUUUCUUUCCCAAUAUUUUCUGAAAUUGAGUUGAGUUGAGUUAAACUGAAAGUUGAACAUUUAGGCUUAAUAUUACUUUAUGUAAGAACAAAUUUACUCCUUUUGACUAACCGUUGUUUCAAACUGGUUGUUCACACUACAUGAAAAUAUUAAAAUCUAUUUCUAACCUUAUGCGACAAUCGGAACUCCUCGGCCAUUAUCCAUUAUCCCGAAGCUUGCCGGAGAUAGCCGAGUUCUUCCGAUUGACUUUAAAAGAGUCCCUUUGAUCAUUUUUACCUGUCAUCAGUUUUUGUAGCAAGUUUUAUUUGCUGGUAUGUGAUAUCUUAGGACCAUUCAUACACAUUUCUGGUCAUUAUUCUUUAGAAUAAACCAGUUAGGUCAACUAAA